GCACUAGACUAUUGUCCUUCAUUGCUUCAGAAAUCGAAUGAAACUUAUUCGAGUAAAUCGGUAUCUGAUCACUUCAAUACUACGUUGAACACCCAUCCGACGAAAAUGCUUUUUUCUCCCCUUCCUCUUUCUUCCUUGCCUGCCUGGUGCAAGUUGAACAAUGUAGACUUCCUCGAUACUAUUGUUUCCUCAUCUAAGAUAUGUCUACAAGGAGAAAAUACCAGCCUCCCAAAUGGUAUAAUCACUACAAAAACGUUGAGCUCAGUGGAUGCGCAUGAACUGCCCACAUUACUCGACAUCCCCAGUGACCUUAUACUAGGUAAAGAUUUUCUAUUGGAAAUGGAGAGGGUAGAUUCCCAUUUCAAACAGUUGAGAGAAGCAGUUGGAGGAAAGUCGAUUAGAGAAGAUGCGAAGUUAUUCUUGUUGCUACAGAUGACUAUUGCAAGGAAUAAUACGAAUGAACAGCCAGAAAUUGCCCUCAACAUCGGGGUGAACAAUCCGUGGUCGGAAUAUAUAAGGUUCUUGCCAGAGAAGAUUCCAGUUCCAACCAUGUGGACUGAGGAUGAGAAAACUCUCUUGAAUGGAACGUCUCUAGAAAAUUCCCUUGUUAAUAAGAUGGUCGCGUUAUCACGAGAUUUCGAAAAUCUACGUGAAAAGACCAUCGAAAUCCCGUGGUGUCACUCGUGUUGGUGGAAAGAAGAUGGACCAUUAAAACCAUUACUACUGUCUGACUGGAUACGAGUUGAUGCUUGGUACAGAUCAAGAUGUCUGGAAAUUGAAACUGGCGAGGAAGUGAUGGUGCCUGUUCUUGACAUGGUCAAUCACUCAUUCACACCCAAUGCACAUUGGGAACACACUUCAAAUGGCAAUGCCAUACUUGUCCUUGUACCAGAUAUACUCUUGGACGAAGGAACCGAAAUAACCAUUAGCUAUGGAGUCAAAAGUGAUGCCGAGAACCUCUUCAAUUAUGGUUUUAUCGAUGCAGAAGUUCCAUUGACGUCAUUAAUUCUGGAGGUAGAGCCAAUAGCAACCGACCCUUUGCGUGUAGCAAAGGUUGCUGCGUUUGGAAAACGCCCAUCCGUUCAGAUUUUUGGCCAUUCAAAUGGAGAAACUUCGUGGGAUUGUCCAUUUAUUUACCUUGCGUGUUUGAACGAAGAAGACGGCUUGGAGUUCAAGACUGUGCAAAAAGUUGAUGGCUCACAAUCAUUGAAAGUUUUCUGGCAAAAUGCAGAUGUCACAGAAUCUACCGAUCAAUUUGAGAGAUUGAUUAGUGGCCACGAACGCGAGGACAUUCUCAGGUUUCGAGCGUUGAAUUUGAUACGAGAUCGGAUUGAAUUGCAACUAGAGCGUCUUCAAGCAAGCGAAGAAAUAGUGGAAACAUUAGUGAACGGGGAGAUGGUCGACCCCAAUACUCAAGCCAAUGCAUUGGAGUUGAGACAGAUAGAGACCGACGUGUUAGGGGUUGCUUAUGGGGCUAUCAAUGAAGAGAUAUCGGACUUGUCCAAAGUUUCAAGCAUUUCUCAACUUCUGACAUCAGUGCAAGUUGAUACGAAACAUGAUGAUCCCAGCGCAGAAAGCAACGAAGAGGAUGACUUUAGUUGAAAAAGCUACACAUUGUCUUUCAACGACAGCUCUCCCGCAUAUUGAGAGAUAUCCUGGAAGGGCCCGUGAAUUCGACAAAGGAUGUAAGAUAGAGACAUCUUUUAUUGGAUGGAAACACUAGUAGUUAUCAUUGGCUUUUCGGAACGACAUGCGUUUAUGUGCGAAGGGUGAAUUUACGAUUAUAGUUCGGAUUCUGGAUAAUGUCCGGAGGGGUCAAGCAUUCGUAUCAUAUAUUGUGUACACUAGAUGUCAAAUGCGGCAAAGACACCGCAUUUUCGUACCAAUUAUCGGAGAGAAAUUCCAGAACCUCGAUUUUGGGGAGCACGAGUUGACCUAUGAUUUUACUACUAGUGAGAUUAGUGGGAUUUGAGGCGCAAUCAAUUCCGUUUAUCGCCGAAUAUAACUAACAUUAGCA